UCUGCCCACCGAGCCGCGCCAGCGCCGCGGAGGCAUGGAGGGGCGACCGCGCAGGGGCCCGCGGCCGCCGCCGCCGCUGCUGCUGGCCACGCUGCUGGGCCUCUGGCCAGAGCUGCUGUUCGGCCGGGCCUGGGCCCAGCCCCGCCAGGUGCCCGGCGUCCUGGGGGGGUCGGUGCUGCUCGCCGCCGCGCUGGCCCCCAACGCCAGCGUCAGGGAGAUCGAGUGGAGCUUCUCGUCCGGCGCCGGUGCCACCAUCCAGGUGGCCGAGUUCAGCCAGGGCACGUUCGAGCGCCCCGACCCCGGCGACCGCUUCAAGCAGCGGCUGGAGAUGUUCAACGCGACGGCGCUGCGGAUCCGGGCCCUGGAGCCGGGCGACAGCGGCGUCUACGGCGCCCGGGUGAAGCUGCACCCGGCGCUGGUGGAGGAUCAGUCCUUCAACCUCUCCGUCUACGAGCCGGUGCCGAGCCCCCGCACCCGCAGCCAGCUCCUGGGCAGCAGCGCGGAGUGGUGCAACGUGACGCUGCAGUGCCAGGGCUCGGGCCGGGGCGCCGUGAACGUCACCUGGCGCCCGGGCAGCGCCGCCGGGGCGCUGGGCACCGGCCACCGGCAGCAGCUCUCCGCCGACGGCACCACGCUGCGCCUGGCCCUGCCGCCCGGCACCGCCAACGGCACCUACGCCUGCGUCGUCAGCAACCCGGCCGACGAGAAGGUUGUCGUCUUCGACCUGCAGAGCAUCUGCCGAGGCGCAGGCGGGCAGACGUCCUUCUCCAAGUCGGGCUACGUCGUGCUGACCCUCAUCCUGCUGGCCGUGAGCCUGGGGGGGGCCUUCUGGUGCUGGCGGCUGAACAGCGAGAAAGCGGCGGAGCCAGCCGCCACCCCCACGGUGCCGGCAGAGGAGAGCCCCCCCGACCCCCAGUACGCCGAGAUCGUGCGGCGGAGCCCCCCGGAAGGUAAUGACCAGGGCCUCGGUCACCCCGAGAGUGACCCGGCACGCAGCCCGCCGAAGGAAGCACCCGUCACCACCGUCUACGACCAGCUCCGCCGGGCGCCGGCGCACGCGGCCCAGGAGGUGACGUAGCCCCCAGGCACCGGUGGAGCCGGAGCAUCGGGACUUGACAGAAGGGCUUUAAAGUGCGUCGUGUGCCAACUCCAAACCCCGCGGCCCCGGCUCGGCUCCGGGCCGGAGCUGCCGUCUCUGUGUUAGCCAGACCGAUGCUCCCCCCCCCGCCUCUGGCUUCUCCAACCCGCUGUCCGAAGCCCUCGGAGACUGUUUUGGGACACGGACCCCGGCGCGCAGCAGAGCAGAGUCGCGGCAUCGCGUCCGGGAGCUGCCCGGCGCUGCAGGCAGCCCCCCCGGCCCCGCGGCAGCCGGCUCCCGGGCAGGGGGGAGGCGGGAUACGGGGUCCCAGGCCCCUUUCCGCGAGCAGCACCGGGAAAAAGGACGGAUUCCCUGCAGCAAAAGCAGCGGAGACUGGAGCGUUGGGACGGGAACGGGGAGCAGGGCAGGGCCGCGGCCAGCAGCAGCUCCCCGGGGGCUGGACGUUGCAAAGCCCGGCGGCGGGGAGGGAUGCGACCGCCGGAAAAGCGGCUCAGGCUUCAUCCGCCCGCGUAAUGCCACCGCCGGGCUUCAGCCGAGUGGGAUUAGCCGGGGCCGCGGGUGCUGGGCUGCGCGGGAAGGUCGUGGCCGCCCGGAGCGGAGGCCGCGUCCCGGUGCCGGGGAUGCAGACCGGGACCGCGCGGGGCGAACGGGCCCCUUGGCUCCCCGGCCGUCCCGAGCCGCUGCCGCCGGGGGGAAAAGCCACGGAAAAGCGAGGCGAGGAGCCGGGCUGCACCGCGGCGCGUGUUCCCCGCGGGAAGCAGCACUGCCGGAGCCCCGGGUGCCUCGGCGAGGGCCCGCUGCCGCCCUUUCCCCUCCGUCCUGCCCGCGCAGCUUGUGCACCGCCGCGGAGGCGGGAGCGUGUCGCCGCGUGUCACACACCAGCGCGGGGCCCCUGCCGCCGCCGACCCUCCCCACCCCGUAACACGGCAAAUAAAUGUUGGUGCGAUCAUGGC